CUCGCAGACCUUUUUUGUCUAAUGCAUCCGAACGACAACGAGAAAUGGAACUAAAACUGCAGUGGUCGUGGAGCACCACAGCAAACCGUGGGAGGACAACGAAUCUCGUCGUCCAGCGCUCAUUAAUGCGUUUCGCCAGGAUAUUUAUGUUCCCGUCAAGCCCAGAAUGUGUGCUUGACCGGAGAGUCCAUAGCCUCGGCAGGACCCGUCACAUCGAAGUCAGACACUCGGGGAAGCAUCACGAACGAGCCGGAGCGCUAAAGCAGCGAGGCGAGGCCUGUGCGACAUAAUCACGCCAUCGCACAACUUGAAAGUU